UAAUUCGCAGGUGUUCCAGGCUAACGUUUUGCGAACCCGCAGGAACAGUACCACAGUUAUGAAUCGUCAUAGUCUGUUUGUGCCAUCAUCUCCUAUCCGUAUUCCUAGCAGCCGUCUUCACCAAAUCAAACAGGAAGAAGGGAUGAAUUUGAUGAACAGAGAAACAGUACGUGAAAGAGAAGUGCAAGUAGCAAUGCAGAUGAGCCACUCAUGGGAGGAGAGCUUGAGCCUGAGCGACAAUGAUUUCGAAAAAUCAUCAUCACCAAAGCAAGUAGACUUUGUCCCAGUUUCUCCAGCUCCUUCACCUACCAGAGGAAUAGGGAAGCAAUGUUUCUCACCAUCUUUGCAAAGUUUGGUGAGCAGCAGUGGAUUACCUCCAAGUCCUAGCCCGAGUCCAACAAGGCGAUUUUCAAGCAGGAGAAGCCAGAGUCCAAUUAACUGCAUUCGACCAAGUGUUCUUGGGUCAAUAAAAAGGAAAGGUGUAACAGAGAUAGAAGAUCAUCCAAAAAGAUUAUUCCAAGGAUCCACCAACAUGCUUACCCCUGACAUUUCACAUCAGGCGGACCUUGGGGGAUGUCUGUCGUCACAUACUCUUGAUGACAACAGAAGCAGUGCGGACUCUUCCUGUGACUCGCCAGCCGAAGUCGGCACCAACACAGACUCUCCAGUCUCACUUUCUGACUCCAGAUCUCCUUUUUUACCAGUAGAUCUUACGGCUAAGUUACCUAUUAAUUGAGAAGCAGAAGUCUGCUAAUGGACCCCAAGAAACAGGCUGGAUAUCAAUAAGACUUUCUGUUGUGUGUAACUGAUUCUGUUCCUCAUAGGAACUUCCAGAAAUGUCAUUAUUUCUAGAAAACUUCCAGAAUAGUUCCUUGAGGAGGAAUUCACAUUUCUAGUGAUUUAUAUGACAUUUACUAAAAUACAGUAAGCAUUUGAAUUGCAAACGUAUUUGAUGCUAACAGCAGUAAGCAAGCUGUUGAUUCACAGUGGAUGUCAUCUUGUUGGCGUAAGUUACAAAUACUGUAUGUACAUUCUGCUUGUGGAAGACUUGGCUUUCCAACAGCCGACAGGCAGCGUCCUCGCUAACACGAAGUGGUGCCUAUGUAGUAACAGCUGACUUACACAUUCGUCCUCAGUCUGAAACCAACGAAGUGGCUACUAAUUUGUUUUUAUUCCCCAAGUGUUAGAUAUUUAUAUUUUUUGUUCUUCAUACGGAAGGGGGAAUAUUAGGGUGGGAACUGAUUCUUGUGUUCUAUUAUGGUUGGCUGUUAAUCGAUUCUGUGUUCUAAUAGAUGUCAAAAGAACAAGUUGGUGAAUUGUCAGCUUAAAUUUAUAUGUUGGAUUUUAUUCAUGAUCAUGACUGCUGUUGUCACUAAAUCCAAAUUAGGUGUGGAACAUUCUUCUGGGUUUUUGUAUUACUUUCUUUUUCUUCCCUAUUUAGAUGAUGUAUUAGAGUGGUAGAUGCUCUGUUAAAGGUCUUUUAAUAUGGAAAAAUAGUAACGAUGUUUGGAACAAAACAUUAAAUCCUGAGGUUUGAGUAUUUUAGUACUUCAGAAGUGCAUUAUUUUAACAGGCAGUGUUCGUCCUCAUGUAUGACUUUUGUUGGACAAAUACAGUGAGGAAUCUUGAAUGCCUUUUUACAGGCUGAAGCGAUCAAACGUUUAAUCUGUGUUAAAUCUCUUGAUGUCACUUCCUCAAACAAUGGCGUCAAGUUAUUUCUGCUGUUGAAAACUUCAGAUGCUGAUUGGAAGCCUAGAAUUUGGUAAUCCGAGAUGUUUCAGGAUUCUUGUACUGUAUUUGGAAAGUCAGUGGGUUGAGGCAUCCUGACCUCAACUCCGAAAUUCCCCAAACAGGAGGAAAAAUCUGCAAACCGCACCAUAGACAGCUGUUUCAGAUUUUCCAGUGGCAACCUCAUUUUGGUUGUUGACUCCCGUUACGCAGUGGAACUUCCCCAGCUGGGUCCCCAUUUGUGCACGUGUAUGCAUCUGUACUAUGUGGUUUCAAGCCUGCUCUCCAGAGAGGUUAAUAAUGAAGCAAAAUGUUUUAUUUUAAACACUAAAUCUUUGUCACGUGUAAUAAAGUGAGAAAAGUAUGGAAACUUCCUCAAGUAGGAGAAAAGUCCACUCUGAACUCUGCUGUGAAAGAUUCACAUGGAUGAAGCUUUGAUUGACAGCAGCCAUCAAAAUUAGAAAUGGACAACUUGGAGUGCAAAGACCUGGUGACCUGAGGACCAAUGACCAGUUUCCGUAUGUCCUUAUUGUAGGAAGAAAAUAGAACGUAUUUAAUAGUUUUACUCGGCUCAAGUAAGACAUGACAUGGUUUACUUCUGAUUUCAUUCCUCUUAACUUAUUGUAAUAGUCAACUUCCUGAUAGCAGUUCCUUUUUAACUUCGGGCUGCCCUUCAUCCCUGUGGCAGGUGGACAAGCUUGUCUUUAAUGUUUGUUUGCUCUCUGUCUAAUUAUGGCGUAGUUUUGUUUCGCAAUUUCAGGUAUGUGCCAAAGAGUUGCCGUGCAUUCACUCUUUUGUGGUGAGGGCAAGACUUUUUUUUUUUAGAUCUUGCUUAUUUCUUAAGAAUGAACCUCCUGGUGUCUCUUCCAGUCUUUUUUAAAAGAUGCAUCAGUAGAGGGGUUUAAUAGUUGCGUGUGGGUCAACUUGUCUCUCUUCUGUUGAAUAUUUAUGCUAUUUCUCAAAUAAGUGCCAAUAAAUGGAAAAAUAAACGUGUUUUGCUGUUUCUGCACUUUGUUAGAGAGGUGACCAUAUUCUUGUUUUCAUCUGUGAUUAAAUGUUUCUCUCUUUAAAUCGGAGAAUCUAUUGUAACCCACUUCCACCCGUUCUAGUUUGCAUUUAAGUUGGCUUUAAAACCUGCAGCAGACUUUUAUGUUUUCCUAGUGCAAUGCUAUGUUAAAGUUCUGUGACAACUCUAGGAAAACCGAAGAAUAAAACCAAACAUUUUCAAAAGACUUUAAUAGCUGAAUGUGUCCCUAGUUUAUACCUAGAAGAAGUCGUGGUGAAAUAGUUUGGAAGAUAGAAGCUACAGCUGGCUGGUGGAGAGUACUGAGGCUCUCACCUCUUGGGAAGGAGUGGGGAGUCUUUGUGGUUUGCCUUAAUAGGGCAAUUAUUGCUGCUGGAGGAGAGAGAAUUCAUUAUAUAUCUGCACUUGUUCCUUUCCCUGCUUGCACAAAAGAGAAGUUACUUUGAACUUGUGGAAGAAGGCAUCUCAGUUUCUUGUCCGUCCAUGUCAUCAAGAAGCUGCAGUUUUGCGCCCUGGAGUCAGGAGACGUGUCUAGUUUUUCUUCCACUGAAAUGAAAGAUUAAAUUUUGGAACCAAAUUAUCCUCUAAAAUAUGUAUCCGGAUUCAGGGAAUUAGGGUGUUAUACAAUGCGCAUAAUCAACCCUGUACUCGCACAGUAACUCAUGCUGUUAGCAUUACUGCUGUUUUACUAAUUCCCCAUUUACUCAUGAGCAAUGAAUACGGAAGCUUUGCUUGAUUAAGUGUCAUGGUUACAGGACUAUUGCAUAUGAUGUUCCUUAACUGAUCUGA